UGUGCGCCGUGUUUCUUGGCCGAUUCGAUGAUUUUCGUUAUGCGUCCAUUUGCCGUUAGCGUUAGUAGUAUCAAAGUUUACUGAAUAAAAUACUUAGUUAAAAUACUGAUUAAAAUACUAUAGUAUUUUAUUUAGUAAACUUUGGUAGUAUUAGCGUUGAUUGAAUAUUUGGGUAUAUAAUAUUCAAUCAACGGUAUUAGUUUAGUACUUCUUUGGUUGUGUAGAGGAGCGUGCAAACACGUGCGAGCAUAAUAAUGGCGCGGAAUAUUUACGAAAAUGAACAAAAAAGGCUUCAAAUGCUAAUGAAUGAAGCUUUAGCUGAGAAUAAUAGUGCUCAAUUUCAAGAGGAGGUUUUAGAUAUGAGCGAUGAAGACGUACCUGAGCCCUUUGGAGAUUAUUCCGAAGAUGACUAUUUACCUAGUGAUUUUUCGUCUACAGAUUCGGAAGAUUAUGAACCAGUUCGCAAAAAAAGAAAAAAACAAGUUGAAAGAACAGAUAUUUUGAAAAAGAAAUAACCUAAGACCAAUCAACAAAUAGGGUCAAUAUCACUCGAUAUGUCAUCCACUUCAACGGUUGAUCAAUUUAUAGAGGAAGUAGUAAAUCAAGCACAUCAAAACCCAGAAUUAUCUGACCAUUCGGAGCCUGAUGAGGAUUCUUCUGAUGUUCCUGGGGAGUUGGUAUGGAGCCCCGUUACUGGAAUAAACCUAAAGCAUUUUAAAUUUUCUGAAGUAAACCCUGGAAUUCCUGCAGAGAUUAUCAAUGAAUUAAUUGACAAAAGUCCGUAUGAAUAUUACAAGUUCUUUUUGACUGACGGCAUCAUUCAGCACAUGGUGACAAAGACAAACAGGUAUGCACAACAAACGCUGGAAAAUAAAAACCUCUCACGACACUCUCGGCUUACAAAAUGGAAAGAUUUAUGUGCAAAGGAAUUUGAGACUUUUCUGGGCAUUAUUUGUAUAGACGAAACUUUGGUACCUUUUCGAGGAAAACUUGCCUUUAAGCAAUUUAUAAAAAAUAAAAAACAUAAAUUAUGCACUGAAAAUGGUUAUACUUAUAACAUGAAAGUAUAUUGCAGUAGAGAUGUCCAGCCAGGAGCACCAGCAGCUUCAUCUGUAGUAAUGGAGUUAAUGGCUAAUCUUUUCGAUUCGGGAAGAAUACUUUACACAGACAAUUUUUACACCAAUGUCCAUCUUGCCCAUCAAUUAUUAGAACAUUCUACUCAUCUUGUUGGCACUCUAAGAAGUAAUAGGAAACUAAACCCACAAGAAGUUAUACAGGGCAAAUUGAACAAGAAUGAUACCAUUUCUCGAGAAAGCAAUACUGGAGUAGUAGUCCUUAAGUGGAAAGACAAAAGAGACGUACUGACGUUGAGCACUAUUCAUGACAACAGAAUGGUCGAUAUUCCUAAGGAGAACGGCACAGUUACUCAAAAACCUCAAAUUGUGGUGGAUUACAAUCGUAGUAAAGGUUUCAUUGAUAUAUCAAACCAAAUGAAAGCCUAUUCAGCUGCACUCAGGAGAGGGGUAAAAUGGUACCGUAAACUCGCAAUCGAAUUGAUAACAGGGUCGGUUCUUGUAAAUGCACACAUUCUUUACAAAAUAAUUAAAAAGAAAAACAUAAAAAUAACCAGUUUUAAAGAAGAGGUUACAAUGGCUCUAUUACAGUCUGAAAUUUCCGAAACAGAAAAUUUACCAACAGAAGAUUGUUCUUUAAAACAUAUGGAUGCAAGAAGAAGAUGUACAAUUUGUUAUGAGAGCUUGAAGUCGCAAUUUGAAAGGAAACAUGCAGCUUUAAACGCAAAACAAACUUCGUAUAAGUGCGAAAAAUGUAAAUCUUAUUUUUGCGUAGAAUGUUUUUUUGUUUAACACAAAUCAUUUAAAUUAUAAGUACUAUAUAAAAU